UCUGGUACUCCAUGGAUGCAGAGCUGCACUCCACAAAACUGAUGGGCGACUUAUUUCUUUUUCUACUUUUUAGAUAAUCCUUCUUCUCAUCACUUUAUUGGUGAAAUGUAAUCGACUUCAAAAAGUUGAAUCUAAAAAAAAAAACAUGGGGAAGUCAAGAAGACAGAUCAACUUGUCUCCUCUGCACUCUUCAUCAUCAUCAUGAGGCUGUGGGGCAGAGGAGGAGCUGCUGUCCGGAGGAAGCUGCUCUGCCUCUGGCUGCUGCUCCUCAGCUUUGCCCUGGUCACUCUGGCUCUCUCGGACCUCUUUAAUAACCGGGACCACCAACGGAACCAAAGUCAGCCUGGACCUCCACGCCGACCUCUCCAGCGGAUUCCCAGCGCACCGGACCUGGAGGUCAUCGUGGACUCCCGGGACCCCGCGUUAGAGCUCGGUGUCGACCUCGCUCCGCUGAAUACUCUGCAAGAAGACCAGCUUUUAUUUGUGCCGUCAGCGCAGGACACCAAGAGCCCGCCGCCACCUCAGCAGAAGAAGAAGAAUAACUACAAGGUGCUUCUGCCUGGAGCCAAUAAGAUUAUUGCGCCUCCGACGCACGGUGAGAUGGGCAGAGCAGUGCGGCUACACCUGGAAGGUAUGGAGAGGGAUGUGGAGUUUUCUGCAUUAGAGAAGUACGGCUUCAACGAGGUGGUCAGCGACAGGAUCUCACUGCAUCGGAGUCUGCCCGAGGCGCGCAAUCCGGAGUGUUUGGUGGAGCAGUACAGCGAGUCGCUGCCGUCCGCCAGUGUUGUUAUCUGUUUCCAUGACGAGGCUUGGUCCACGCUCCUGCGCACCGUGCACAGCGUGCUGGAUACCGUACCCAAACAGUAUCUGCAGGAGGUUCUGCUGGUGGACGACCUGAGCCAGCACAGCCACCUGAAGAGCGUGCUAAGUGAGUACGUGUCUCAUCUGGAAGGGGUGCGUUUGAUACGCAGCACCAGGCGCCUGGGUGUUGGAGGGUGCCGCUCUCUGGGUGCUGCCAGAGCUGCAGGGGAGGUGAUGGUGUUCAUGGACUCCCACUGUGAAUGCCAGAAGGGCUGGCUGGAGCCACUGCUGGAGAGAAUUGCCCAGGACAGGACUAGAGUGGUGUCCCCCAUCAUGGAUGUGAUAGACUGGCAGACCUUUCAGUACAAUGCCACCCAGUGGCCAGUCAGGGGAGUGUUCGACUGGAGACUCGACUUCCACUGGGAAUCUAACCCUCAGCUGCAAGACAAGGACCCAAACUCAGCUGUUCAACCUGUGCAGAGCCCAGCGUUAGGCGGCGGAGUUGUGGCCAUCGACAGACAUUUCUUCCAGAGUGUGGGAGCCUACGACCCUGGGAUGCUGCUGUGGGGAGUGGAACAAAUUGAGCUGUCAAUCAGGGUUUGGUCAUGCGGGGGUUCCAUGGAGGUGGUUCCUUGCUCCCGUGUGGCCCACCUAGACCACCACCACCUGCCUUACAGCUUCCCAGACCAGGAGAUGCUUCAGAGGAACAAGAUCCGGAUCGCAGACACCUGGAUGGACGCGUACAGGAAGAUCUUCUACAGGAGAGACACGCUCGCUCAUUUCAUCAGGCAGUCUGAGAGCCCUAACAUCACAGAACGUCUGCGGCUGAAGAGGAGUCUGGGCUGUAGGAACUUCCACUGGUACCUGACUACAGUUUAUCCACAACUUUACAUCCCACAGGACAGACCUGCACUGUCAGGCGAGCUGUACAAUGUCGGCACCGGCAGCUGCGCAGACUACCACCGAGGGCAGGGACGAGUGCAUGGCGGGGCCAUGAACGUAGUGCCGUGCAGCGGGACGGGCAGCCAGCACUGCGAUCUAAACUCUGAGUUUGAAGUGCGAUGGGGUCCCUCGGGGGCGUUGUGUUUGGACGCCAAGGGAGAGAGGGUGAUCUUGUCUCCGUGCCCCAAGCACAGACAGACCGCCAGCAGACUCCAGUGGAAGUUCAUAAAGCUGAGCGGUCAACUCGUCCACCAGCAGUCCCAGUUAUGCGUGGAGGUCGUGAAGGAGGGAGCAUUCCCACAAAGCAGCCCAAGAGAAGAGACUGCAGGCCUCUUCCUGCGCACCUGCACCCAUCACCCCAAACAACAGUGGCACUUUGAGCAACUAGUAGCUCCUAAAGGUGCCUGAUACAGAAUCUCAGAGGGAUAACAGUCAUGGAUUGAUGGAUUUGCCACAUAUUAUCAUAUACUAUGUACUAUGUAUAUAGUGGCUUACAGUAGUAAAAUGGUGUAGAAAAAUACAAAGAAAAUAUUACUUUUUUGCUCCACUUUGCCACUUGGCUCUUUUGUUCCUGUUUUAAGGAUUGCAAAUACAAUUUAUUGUGUUAAACAAACUA